CAGGCAUGGCAGGGGCCAGGGAGAUUAUAAGCUUACACUUGAAGUGGAAUUCUUUGACAAUAUGAAUUAGGGUCUUGAUAGAAGAGCAGCAAUCAGUCAGUCGUCGGAUGUCUACUUGUGAGGGAUGUUUUUUUAAAAUGUAAACAAAAUGGCAGACGAAAUGGAAGAUGGAUAUGAAGGUCCAAUGGAAGAAUUACAUAUUGACAGUUCUGAUGAUGAAUACCUCGAUGUAGUGGAGGAAUUGAACUUCCAUGCUGCGUCUCCAGAAACUGAUGAUGAUGAAACAAUUGAGGAAGAUAAAAAAGAAACAAUUAAAUUUGAUCAAUCACUUCCAUCAUCUCAUACUUAUCUAGGAGAAGAGAUGGAUGAAGUAACAGGAAGAACUGUCAUGGAGGAAGACAACGUCGUAUCAAUUCCAGUUAUAUCAUUACCAAACCUUCUUCUCGUUCCUGGUCAGACAUUGCCAAUGUAUAUCUUCAAUCCACAGCUUGUGGCAAUGAUGAAGAACUUGCUUGACAAAGAUAAUACAUUUGGUGUUGUCACUGGCAAUCGAGGCCUUUUAGUGAACUCGCCAGAGGACAUUAAGCGUAUAACGGGAACAACUUGUGAGAUUUAUUCCAUGAAAGAGGAAAAUGAGGCUGGAAUUAGCACUAUAAGUAUCAAAGCAAUGGCACGUAAGAGAUUUCAAGUUCUGUCAUUGAGAACUCAAUUGGACGGGACUCGAAUAGGAACAGUUCGUAUUCUACCAGAUGUAUUGAUGCCUGCUUAUCCCAGAAAUGCGUUGGCAGAAUGCGUCAGACCAACUCGUCUGGUGACGAGUCACUUGCAAGCCACCGCGAGACUAAAUCAAAGUUUGUCCAAGAGUGUUCCAAGUUGUUCGGCAUGGUCAUCCUGGGUUUACGAACUUUACAACCCGUAUUUAUUGGUAGCUAGGAUAAAACAAGAAUUGAAAAGUUGGAUUGAAAAUCUGAAAACGGAAACUCUCCCAACCGAAGCUACAGAAUUUUCUUAUUGGGUAACUCAUAACUUACCUUUGGAUAAUAAUCGAAGAGAUGCUUUGUUAAAAAUGGACUGCCCGAUACAAAGACUUCGAAAACAGUUGGAAAUCAUGCAAAAGUAUGGUAUAAUGAUUUGCAAUGACUGUAGAAGUAUCAUUGCAGACAAAAAAGACCUAUUCAGCAUGUCUUUGACUGGUCUGAUGGGAGCGUACGUAAACCCAGGAGGUCACGUUUUUGAAACUGUUACUUUCCAUAAAGCUAAGGGAUUACGUCUGCGAGGACCAUCUUCUACAGAGCACAGUUGGUUUCCAGGUUAUGCAUGGACCAUAGCGGAAUGCAGGCAUUGUGGAAAACAUAUGGGCUGGAAAUUUACAGCAGUCAACAAGAAGUUGGUGCCAAACAAGUUUUGGGGGUUAACAAGAGCUUCUUUGCGACCUUCUCUUCGGCACGAAGAAGAGGAAGAAAUUUAGCUAAUAAAUGAAUGAGAAUUUUAGCUUGAUUUUGAACCGGGUGAUGAGAUCCUUCCUCCAACAAGUAUGAUAUGAUCUAUAUUGAGCGGAGAUGUUUUAAAAGGAUUGAAGUAUCUAACUUUUUAGAAUGGAAAAUCCAGGCGACCUGGUACGCACACUCGCACUCCUUCGCGCAAUGUAUCGAUUUGUAAUGUAAGCCGGGUGCAACACGUAACUAAGAUAUGAAUCGAAACACGCGUGCACAGCGAAAAAACUUAGGUCUACGAGAUCUACGAUAGUACGAUAUAUCAAAAUUGCACAAUAUUGUUCAGAUUUGGUAACAGUCCAGAGGCCAAUGAAUUGAAUAAAACUUGUAACUACGUUUUGCAUAGACAUAGUCAUAGUUGAACGGUAGUAAUAAUACACAAUUCAAAGAAUGUGAGAAAAAUACCGUACACUACUCAGACUCAUUGACCAUUGUUUGGAUAAAGUGACGCCCAACAUGUGUAUAAUAGUGUAAUUAUUUGUAAAUGAGAACAUUUGAAUUACAAGUAAUCUAUGAU